AGGUACGCGGAAGAACCAACAUGGCGGACACGAGGGGUCGAGGAUCUUCUCCUUCAAGAGCUGUAAGAAAUCGGUCCAGAGAGAGAGAGCGAGUGAAAGAACGAGAAGCAAACGAUCAAAAGGUUACAAUUGACAGAGAGAAGACUUGUCCGUUGCUUCUUAGAGUGUUUUGUAAUCAAGGUCGACAUCACCGGUUAGAUGAGUAUUCUAGGACAGCCUUACCAUCAAAUGAACUCCAGGUAUACACGUGGAAGGAUGCCACACUGAAAGAGCUCAUGAGUCUAGUCAAGGAAGUAAACCCAGAUGCAAGACGUAAAGGCACAGUGUUUGACUUUGCCAUUGUAUUUCCAGACGCUCGUCGUGGUGGGUUCAUAAUGAAAGAAAUUGGUUCAACUGCAGCAGGACGCAAGGGGACAGAUGAUACUAUUACUCUAGAAUCCAAAAAGUUUCAAAUAGGAGAUUUCAUUGAUGUUGCUAUUCAGUCUCCAAGAAUUGGAAGGAGAGAUAGGCCUUACUAACACUGACAACUUCUUGUCACUGCGUCUUUGAAUGGGUAAAGAAAGCAUUUCUUAAGAGACAAUAUUACUGUCUUUGCCUAUUUUCAAUAGUCUUUCAGCAUUGAGAUGUUUGGUUUUAAUUUAUUUUGAAAUUUGUGUUGAAGUAAACCCUUUUUUGUAUGUCUGGACACUCAAGUAACUCACAUAUUUGAAGAUUUUUAACAUUAUGAUAGCUUCAAGUUGUUGUCUUGUGUCAUGAAAGAACAGACUUAAAGUAAGCUGACAGAAGUUGAACAUAUGUUUAAAGGUAAUACAUCAAAGCUAUUCUUUAAAAACAAUCUGCUUUAAGAUGCAGAAAAAAGGCUCAGUUUCUUUUGAAACAUUACUUUUAUGAUCUUUUGCAGUAUACAUGUAGUGACCUUGCCUUUGUAAACAAAUUCUAUAAUUUACAUGUAUUAGUCUAGUUUGAAUAAAACACUCUUUUUCUAAAACUGA